AUGCCUGGCAGCUCUGCCAAGUUUCCUGGUUCUGGGAGGGUCUCUCACUACUCUUCUUCUUCUCUCCUCCCUCGCCCUUCUGUUCCUCCUCCUACUCCUGCUCCUCCUCCUCCGCGUCCUUCUGCUCCUCCUGCUAAGCGUUCUAAGCUUUCCUCUGCCUCUUCUCGUAAGCAACGUAAGCUUACCUCUGUUCCUCUCGCUUGGCGCUCCUCUGCUCCUCCUGCUUGGCGCUUCUCUGCCCCUCCUACUUGGCGCUUAGCUGGUCCUCCAGCUAAGUCUUCCUCUGCUCCUUCUGCUGGUCACUCCUCUGCUCCUCCUGCUAAGCUUUCCUCUGGUCCUCCUGCUAAGUCUUCCUCUGCUGCUCCUGCCCCGCGCCCCUCUGCUCCUCCUGCUAAGCUUUCCUCUGCUCCUCCUGCCCCGCGCCCCUCUGCUCCCCCUGCUAAGUCUUCCUCUGUUCUUCCUGCCUCCUGUUCCUCUGCUCCUCCUGCAAAGCGCCCUAAGCUUUCCUCUGCUCCUUCUGCUUGGCACCCUGCUGCUCCUCUUCCUCCCCCUGAGUCUCCUCCUAGCUUCCGUAAAUGCAAACGAAAGUCUUCUCCUCCUCGUCCUGAUCCUGUUGUUCCGCAGCAGGAGCCUGCCCCGCUGUUUCCUGGACCUGUCCCGGACUGGGUGGUGCAGAUGGAGGCGUACCUGCAGGAGCGGGAGCUGCCCUGGAAGGAGCAGAAAAGGUCAUGUGAGCCGCAGAGGCCUAUUCCACCGAUAACACACAAGUACUCCUUCUAUUUUUAA